CAGGUUAUCGGAGCGGAGCGGGAUCCGAGCCCGGCGGUGCCCAUGGCCGGCCGCGGCCCCGCCGCCGAGCAGGGCUACAUCCGCACCGUGCUGGGCCAGCAGAUCCUGGGGGAGCUGGACAGCUCCAGCCUGGCGCUGCCCUCCGAGGACCGGCUCAAGCUCUCGGGCGACCGCGCCGGGGAGGAGAAGGCGCUGCGGAUCCACCGGCAGGUCCAGCAGACGCUGGCCAGGAAGAGACGGGGCUCGCUGUACAAUGGCAGCUUGCACCGUGCAUCCAGUGUACCAGAGCGUGUCUAUAACAUGGGGAUUACUGAAAAUGAUUUUUCACCAAGAAGUCCCUACAGUUUCUCAUAUUACCAGUCAAACCAGGUUGCCUCACCAUCCUCUUACACAAAUGGCUGGGGGACAAGGGUUGCUUACAGGACAAUGGAAGAGAGAGCUCAAAGGCAACCUCUGAAGAGACUGGAGGUUUCACCCCAACGAAUUCCGGAAAGACUGGCAUAUGUGUCCAGUGAUUUUCACUAUGAUGGAGGGAUUCCAACCGGAUUCUCUAUGAGGCAUGGAGAUAUCGGGAGAUCGAGUGGAACUGUCCCCCCGAGAUACGCUCGGUCUGAGAUUGUUGGUUACACUCUUCGUGACUCGGUGAACAGGGGACGCUCUUUUAAGAGACACUCCCGCAUGGGGGCUGUUAAUGAUGCUGCCCUGGAUGGUGUCUACCCCAGCCCCACUGUACCUCUGUACCACCAGGCAGGCAACAGUCGCAGUAUGACCAACCUUUUGGAGAAGGAAAACUACCUGACCUCGGGCAGCGCGAUGGGACAAGUGAGAUCACCAACUGCUUCCCAGCUGGCGUCUCAGAACAGGCAGUCUGUGAGGUCCAGCUUCUACCAAACCACUUUCAGAAACGCACAGACCAGGAGGGAAGUUUCCCAUCCAGCUUCAAUAGCCAGUGUCACUGCAGAAACAGAUGGGAAGAGGAUGCCAUUGACAGCUGCUGUGGCCGCAGCGGGGAGAAAUGGCUUCCUGCAGAGUGAGCAGGUCACCAUCAAUGGAUCUCAGCUAGGGAGCCCAGAAGUGGAGAUGACACUGGAGCGUGCGGUGAACAUACUGAAAAGUGAAAACACACAGUCCACGCCUAGGAUUCUUGCUGCAGUGACUUUCAUACAGCAUGAGUGCUUCCAGAAAGCAGAUGCCAGAAGAAAAGUUUUCUCACUUGGUGGUAUCCCCAGACUUUUACAGCUCCUUGAGGUUCAGAAUGAGGACAUUCAGCGGGCAGCAUGUGGUGCUCUGAGAAACUUGGUGUUUGAGGACAAUGACAACAAACUGGAAGUGUCAGAGCAGAAAGGGAUCCCACUCUUGCUCCGCCUACUCCGACACACCAGGGAUGUAGAGACUAAGAAGCAAAUCACAGGUUUGUUGUGGAAUUUGUCCUCUAAUGACCAGCUGAAGCACCUGUUGGUUAGAGAAGCCCUGCAGACGCUGACCGAAGCUGUUCUCAUCCCUUACUCAGGCUGGCCAGAUCGAGAUUACCCAAAGUCAAGUGUUUUACCUGACCCUGAUAUCUUCUACAAUGCCACGGGAUGCUUGAGAAACAUGAGCUCUGCUGGCCCAGAAGGAAGGAAAAAGAUGAGAGAAUGUGAUGGCUUGAUUGAUUCUCUUGUGUAUUAUAUCCAAGGAGCUAUUGCAGACCAUGAGCCGAAUGACAAGGCCACAGAAAACUGUGUGUGCAUUCUUCACAAUCUUUCCUACCAGCUAGAGAUAGAGCUCCCUGAGAGCUAUGCCCAGAGCAUAUAUGUACAAAGAAGAAAUAAUUCUAGCAACGAUAAAACACCAGGCUGUUUUGGAACACGGAGCAGGAAAGUAAAAGAGAAGCACCAGGACACUCUACCUGAGGAAAAGAGCAAUCCCAAAGGUGUUGAAUCACUCUGGCAUUCUACACUGAUUAGGAUAUAUCUCUCCUUAAUAGCGAAGAGCACCAGAAACUACACCCAGGAAGCAUCCCUGGGAGCUCUUCAGAACCUCACAGCUGGCACUGGACCAAUGCCGUUCUCGGUGGCCCGGACUGUUGUUCAAAAGGCAAAUGGCCUUCCAAGCAUCCGAACUAUGCUGCAUGUAAGUCACCCUGCAGUAAAGAAGACAGCAGUGUCACUGCUCAGGAACUUGUCUCGCAACACCUCUCUGCAAAAUGAUAUAGCCAGAGAAGUUUUGCCUGAUUUGGUCGCGGUACUUCCCGAGUCUGUCCCAGGGUCUGACGUUGCCUGUGAAACCACAGCGUCCAUCUGCUACACCUUGUACAACCUGACGCAGAGCAGCUCGCACAAUGCACGGCUUCUCCUGAGUGCUGACGGCCUGCCAAAGAUUAUUGCCAUCAGCAUGAAUGACAGUAACAUGUUCAGCAAAGCUAGCAGGGCUGCUUCAGUCCUCCUCUACUCCCUGUGGUCACAUACUGAUCUCCACAACGCUUACAAAAAGGCUGACUUUAAGAAGGCGGAUUUCAUCAACACCCGGACCACAAAAGCCUAUAACUCACUAAGAGAUUGAAUCAGAACAUAACACCACUGAAGACAAACGAGAUCAGACAUCAGUUAACGUAACUGCCUUCACAUGGUUGGUGUUGCCAUUGUGAACCACGAAGUAUCUCAGAAAAAAAAGAAAUUGCGAUUUUAUAUAAAGACUUGAGUGAUUUUUUGGAGUUUUUAGUCCUAAUCACCUUGUUGUCACUGUAUAUAUCAAUAUAAGAAUAACCAAAGAUGGAUUCUUCAGGAUGUCUGAGGUGAAGUUUCAUCCAGGUUUACCACUAGUCAGAGCUGCAGAUGACUGCCUUUGAUCUAUGCAGAGAAGUUUGAAAUGCUGAUUGGCAGCAAAUUUCUUUUCAGACUGUUUUAUACAAAUAGUUUUCUACAGUGGAUAAGCAUCAAGUGCACUGCUCAGGACUUAGUAGUCUUUCACCCUCUUUUUUUUUUUUCCCACAAGCUAAAUAAGAAUCUGCAGACUCCAUGAGUAUGCACAAGAAGCUGUUUCACUACCUGGCACCAAUGAAGUUAAAAUUAUUAUUUUUGUACUGCUGGUAUUCAUGAGCUCACUGGUUCUUAAGCCCCUUUCCUUUGAGAUUUCAUCAGCAACAAAACUGAUUUUACAUAGAUUUUAUCAUCUCUCACUUCUCUCAUCCUCCCUCACCUGCCUGUUGCAAUUUGUGUCCAGAAGGGGUUUUAACUAGAACCACUAGGUCUAAGACACUAUGUUUCAGAAACUUGAGGCUGAAUUUAGACACAUCAUUUUUUACUAGUUGGUGGGGAAGUUAUUUGUGGGUGAUUCAGUGAUUAUUUUAAGAAAAUUGCAAUUUCAAAAUAAUUCUUUUGAUUAUAUAUAGUAAAGGGAGUGGAAUCUUGCCUUUGUUUUUGAAGUAAUAGACACACACAAGAGGUUAGGCUCUGUGCUGCUUAAGGAAUGCUGAUCCUGCUUCAUAUUCUCUUACAUGAAAUAAUCAUCCUCCCUACAGCAAUUACGUGCAAUGUGAUAACUUUAGGACCAUGUCUGCACAUGUGGGAAUAGGCAACAGGAGGAAAAAAAAAAUCCUAAGCACCUAAAUAAAGGCUGUUACCAUGAUAUGAUGCUCAGAGAGGGUAAAGAAGCACUAAAAAACCCUCAUCUGCACUUUCAGUAAGUCAAAUUAAAAACAAACAAAACAAAACAACAACCAACCAGUAGUUAAAUUGUCCAUUAAACCAAUAGGAAAUUAAUAUAUAAAUAUAUAAAAGGAUGGGGAUUGGGUUAUCAGCUGACAUGAUCUGGCAUUCCUCUUCUGAAAUCAGGGGAGGUGAGCUACCUUUAUGGCAAUGAAGAUUUUGUCAUAUGUACUUUUUUGUCAUAUGUACUUUUAAGCCUUGCUGCUCGAACAGAGCCCAUCCUGUGCCCUCAUUCUGACCUGCUGGCACAGGAGCUAUUACAGCCGUUCCUAUCCAGAAGGAGAUGUGCAUUCCUUUGAUGCACAUUUCAACACUCCUGGCUAAAGGUCCAGCUCCUACCAGAAACUAAGACAAUAGACUGUGACAUUGCAUUGUGUCCAAACAUAUUUCUGGAUAUCAGGGAGCUAAAUUCUGCUGGUAGAUGCACAUAGUUCUCAGAGGAUUCCCAGAAAGUCCCACACGUGCGCACAGAACAGAAUGUGCCCUGGGGAGGUAAGCAAACAACCCUGCUUUCCCAUCACAGAUCAUUUUCAUAGGUCUGUUAGUCCUCCACAUUUGCUUUGAAUAACUCAAAUCAAAUGCAUUCCAGAAGGAGGUUUUAAAAAUACUAUUGGUUUUUUUUUUUUUUUUAAGAGGUCAUGUUCAAAAUACUACAGGUCCAAAAACAACACAGGGGAAGGGAACUUACAGCACCUCAUGUUGAGGAAAUUGUUUUUAUAACUUUUUAAAAUAUGAUAGAAAACAGACAAUUAAAAUCUAACUUUUUCUUCUAACUUGUUAACCCAAGUAACACUGCAUGUGCCACAACUGAAUAAACACCAGGAAACCUGGACAAGUCUACUUUUGCUGCCCAAAAAGAAGUGGUAGGCAAAAUUAAUAUACAAAGAGUAAACCUGAAUACAGAGUAGCAUGGGAAUGAAGAAUUGCAGUCUAAAAAUCAGGAAAGCUGCUUUUAGAAAUCCUCUAGCACUGGUUUAGUUCUGUGAAACUCACAAGGUAUUUAAAAAAACCAAACAAUGCCAGGUACUUUAAAAUACACUGUUUAGUAUGACUAUCUCCCAAUAAGAUGUCCUUAUGAAGGGGAUGCAAACUUUUUGUGUUGUUUCUAUUGACUCCGUGAUUUUAAAGGUCUUUUUCAACCUAAAUGAUUCUCUGAUUCUAUGAUAGUGUCCCUUUAAAAUCAAAGCAAGUUAUAAAGUCACAAAGUAUCUCAGACCUGGCAACAACAUGAGAAACAGAGACACGCCUUAUUACAACUGAUCUCCUGCUUGUAUGCAAUCAAAAAUGUUUCAGCAGGUCUCCAAAGAAAACAAAACAUGUUAGUCAGAGAAAUAAU